AUGGCGGGCUCUACUGCCGUUGCUGCUUCUUCCAGUAGUGGGACUCAGCCGCAGUCGCAGCCGGCGGCGCAUAUUAUGUCCGCUAGAGUGAGGAAAACGAUACAGUCGAUUAAAGAGAUUGUGGGGAAUUUCUCCGAUGCUGAUAUCUAUAUAGCACUCAAGGAGUCCAAUAUGGACCCUAAUGAAACUGCCCAGAAGUUGCUUAGCCAAGACCCCUUCCAUGAAGUGAGGAGAAGAAAGGAUAGGAAAAAGGAGACUAUGGGUUACAGGGGUUCGGGAGAGUUCAGAAGAGGUUCUGAGAAUUUUGUUCAAGGAGUUAGGACAUUUAAUGACCGCAAUGGCAGACGAGGAGGCUACAUCCGCAAUGCUGUCCCUAGCAGUAGUGGGCCGAGCAGAGAGUUUCGUGUUGUGAGGGACAAUAGAGUCAAUGGAACUACUAAUAGAGAACUGAAGUCUGAUUUUUCUGAGAGUUCAUCGUCCAAUGAGCAUGCCGUCAAGGGGUCAACUUCGAAGUCAAGUGCUCUGAAAGCGUCUGCUGAACUCGGUCCCUCUCAGGCUACUAAUGGUCCUACUGUUUCUCAAGGUGUUAGACACAACAGAGAUGGUAACUUGAGGGGAACUGAAUCGAGAGCUAAUCUGGAUGAGAAAAGGGCAGUGACACCCGGUGCAGCUUCACGAGUACAGGGAGGAAGACCUAACAGUUCUCAAAACCAGUCUACUGUAGUUGGAGUGUACUCCUCUUCAACAGAUCCUGUUCAUGUUCCAUCUCCUGAUGCCAGACCAACUGCUGCUGUUGGAGCUAUCAAACGUGAAGUUGGUGUGGUGGGUGGUCGCCGACAAAAUAUUGGAAGUCCUAUAAAAGAUCUAUCUGCAACUAGUAGUUCAUUACCGAGUUCUGCAUUGACCAAAGAUAGCUCUUUGUCGGAGCCAUUCCAACCUUUUCUUGGAAUCUCUAAGAAUGACCAAGUCAGUCAUCAAGCUAAUGCAAGUGAAGCUGUUGCGUCUGGUGUUUCUGUUAGCAGAUCGUUCUUAGGCGGUCAGUAUAACAGCAGACCUCAUCAGCAAGCUGCAGGUCAUCAAAAGGCUCCUCAGCAUAAUAAAGAGUGGAAACCUAAAACAAGUAAAAAGUCUAGUGCCAAUGGACCUGGAGUGAUCGGAACACCCAAAAAAUCAAGCUCACAUGUUGGUGAUAAUUCUAAGGGAUUGGAAGCUGUAGCUGCUGAUUUGCCUGAUAAGUUUUCUCGGGCGAACAUCAAUGAGAACCAGAACGUGAUCAUUGCGCAGCAUAUUCGAGUGCCUGAAACUGACCGUUGCAGGCUUACCUUUGGAAGUUUUGGGAUUGAGCUUGAUUCCCCCAGGAAUUUGACUGCUGGAUUUUCAACAGUUGGAGUUACAGAAGAAAGUAACAGGGAAUCUACUACAAGUUUGACCGCAUCUGUUACGGAGUCUACUGGAGAUGAUGCUUCUGGUACCAAGAUCGAUGCAGUAUCAGAUGAGAAAUUGAGACAUUCUGGCUCCGCUUCUCCAGCUUCGGGUGGGGCAUCUGAGCCACAGUUGCCUGAUAAAUCUCCUAGUUCUCCGAACUUGGAUAAUUAUUCGGAUAUUGGUUUGGUUCAAGAAAGCAGUCCGUCUUACGAUCACAUCGAGUCACACCAGCAGCAUCAAGAUCUUUCUGAAUCACAGAGCUUUCAAGGGUAUGAUCCACAGGUGGGUUAUGGUAUGUCGUACUUUAGACCUUCAUAUGAUGAAACUGCAAGAGGACAGCAGGGUUUGCCUUCUCCCCAAGAGUCUCUAGCUUCACACACUCCCCACAGCAUUCCGUCAUCCACAAUAUCGAUGGUACAGCAGCAGCAGCCUCAACCAAUUGCCGCUCAGAUGUAUCAACAAGUGCACAUGCCCCAUUUCGCCAACAUGAUGCCCUUUCGCCAAUUUGUUUCUCCAGUUUACCUACCACAGAUGGCCAUGGCUGGCUACUCGAGCAAUGCUGCUGCAUAUGCACACCCAUCAAAUGGCAGCAGUUAUGUGCUAAUGCCUGGAGGUGGGUCUCACCUCAAUGCGAAUGGGUUAAAGUAUGGCGUUCAGCAGUUCAAGACGGUUCCUGGUAGCAGUCCCUCUGCUUAUGGAAAUUUCACUAGCCCAACUGGAUAUGCGAUGAAUGCUCCUGGUGUGGUUGGGAAUGGAACAGGACUUGAAGACCCUUCUCGGAUUAAGUAUAAGGAUGGAAACCUCUACGUCACUAAUCCACAGGCCGAGACAUCUGAGAUGUGGAUUCAGAACCCAAGGGAUCUCCCCGGCAUGCAAUCUGCUGCUCAAUACUACAACAUGACAGGACAAUCGCCACACGCUGCUGCUUAUCUGCCGUCUCACGCUGGUCAUGCAUCGUUCAAUGCCGCUGCGGCACAAUCUUCCCACAUGCAGUAUCCUGGGUUGUAUCCUUCUGCACAGCCAGCUGGGAUGGCCAACCCGCACCAUAUGGGUCCUCCAGUGAUGGGCGGUGGCGUUGGUGUAGCGCAAGCUGCACCUGGUGGUCAAGUAGGUGCUUACCAGCAGCAGCCUCAACUGGGUCAUCUCAACUGGACCACAAACUUCUGA